CUGGAACAAAGUCCACAACAUAGUCCUGGAACGAACCUUACUCGAAAAAAAUUUCAGGUGCUGGUAGCGCUUUUUUCGUCCCUUUAUCCACUCGGCCCUCCGAUACCCAUAAAUUUCUUGCGCGCAGCGAUUGUCUUCUGUCACGAUCAUGACUGGCAUCAUAUCAAAAGCAGAUUGGAACAGGAUCUCCUGCAACAACCACCAGAGACGCGUGAAGCAUAUCGCGAUCAGAUCAUCUUUGCAGAAAAAUUCAAACUCACCAAUAUGCUCACAGUUUCCAUCCAAAGAGCUGAGGGGAGCUGCAACAAGUUUGCAAAUGAACUCAUCAAAAACAACGAGUUGAGUAUGAUUUCUCUAUCGACAAGAGAUUUAAUCAUGGAUCGUGUGUGCAGCGGUUGGGGUUUGGAGCCGAAACAUGUGAACAGAUUAGCGACGAGAGAACCAACGUCGUUUCGUGAACGUCAAAUUGGUCUCAUACGUGGUGGACCACGCGCGUUCGAAGAUGAACGUAACGCUGCUACGCUUGCAGAGAUGGUGUCUGAUUAUUACUUUGGUCCUGUGGGAGAAAUC